AUGUCGAAUUUGUACGGCGAUUAUAACCAGAAGAUCGAUUACGUUUUCAAAGUGGUGUUGAUCGGAGACUCGGCCGUCGGAAAAACGCAGCUUCUUGCUCGGUUUUCAAGAAAUCAAUUCAACGUGGAUUCUAAAGCUACCAUCGGCGUUGAGUUUCAGACCAAAACUCUUGUUAUUGAUAAUAAAACUGUUAAGGCUCAAAUAUGGGAUACUGCUGGUCAAGAAAGGUACAGAGCAGUGACUAGUGCUUAUUAUCGCGGAGCAGUUGGAGCGAUGUUAGUUUACGACAUGACAAAGCGUCAAUCAUUCGAUCACAUGGCAAGGUGGUUAGAGGAACUUAGGGGUCAUGCAGACGCAAAUAUUGUCAUAAUGCUAAUUGGCAACAAGUGUGAUCUGGGAACUCUCAAAGCAGUACCAACUGAAGACGCUCAAGAGUUUGCACAAAGAGAGAACUUAUUCUUUAUGGAAACAUCAGCACUGGAGUCGACCAACGUCGAAACCGCCUUUCUGACUAUUCUUACAGAAAUUUACCGACUUAUCAGCAAGAAAACACUUACUGCUAACGACGAGGCUGAUCCUGGUGGUAGUUCAGGGCUUCUGAAAGGAACAAAGAUAAUCGUUCCUAGUCAAGAUGCGAGUGCUCUUGAAAAGAAAGGUGGUUGCUGUGGAUAG